CUUUUGCUUUGACCCACCUCUGCUUUUCAUGGUAGACCCAACUCUCUCUCUCUUUUUCACUCACUCUCUGAUUCAUAUCUCUCUCUUUUAUCUCUCUAUUCAUUUCAUUGCCAUUGAAGGAAGGAAGGAAGGUGAUGAGUUCCUCAUCUUCCUCUUUAGCAAUACAUGAUUAAUAAAGCCUCUCCUCUUCUUCUUCCUUUUUAACAUCCCUUUUUCUUCUUUCUCUUCUCAAUUCCUGAGAACAAUUUUGUAUCAAGAUCCUCCUCUCCUAAAGCUCUUUUUAAAGAGCUCAUACGGAUCGGUCACAACAGUGAUAACUGGAGGCAGGAGAAGCUCUUUGGGUGCUAAGUAGAUAGUUUAUCAAUCAUGGCCUCGAAGUCUGGUCCUGGAGUUCUUUCAGAACAUAACAAGGAAAAUGACGAUGAGAAAACCUCUGAAGCAUCUGUUUCCAGUUCCAGCCAAAGUAUCUCAGUCAGCACUUUGGCAGAUCAAGUAUCUUCAACUCUGUCUAUGGCUCAAAGCGGUGGCAGCAAAUCCAGCGGAGAAGUUAAACUUAACGAACAGUCUGAUCUUGCCGAGACCGGAAAGCGCAACACGUACAGACCAAGCACAAGCAGUGAUAUCAGCGAUGAGAGCACAUGCAGCGGUUUAAGCACCAACAAGCCUCACAAGGCGAAUGACGUGAGAUGGGAAGCGAUACAAGUCGUUCGAGCGAAACAGGGUUCUUUGGGUUUGAACCAUUUUAGGCUCUUGAAGAGGGUGGGUGGUGGAGAUAUCGGAACUGUCCACCUCGCUGAGCUGCACGGAACGAGGUGCUAUUUUGCGAUGAAGGUGAUGGACAAAGGAGCUUUGGCUAGCCGUAAAAAGCUUCUUAGGGUUCAGACCGAGAGGGAGAUAUUGCAGUGUCUUGACCAUCCUUUUCUCCCUACUUUGUAUAGUCAUUUCGAGACUGAGAAGUUCUCGUGUUUGGUUAUGGAGUUCUGUCCUGGAGGUGACUUGCAUACCCUUCGCCAAAGACAGCCCGGGAAGCGUUUCAUAGAACAAGCAGCAAAGUUUUAUGUAGCGGAGGUACUACUAGCAAUGGAGUAUCUUCACAUGCUUGGGAUCAUAUACCGUGAUCUUAAGCCAGAGAAUGUUCUUGUUAGAGAUGAUGGACAUGUGAUGCUUACCGACUUCGACCUCUCCUUGAGGUGUACCGUUAGCCCCACAGUGGUCAGAUCAACUAUACUGGUGUCUGAAGCCUUGCAAAGGAACUCUGGUAACUGUGCGCAACCCGCUUGCAUCCAACAGCCGUCUUGCAUGUCUGCUCCAACGACAUGCUUCUCUCCACGGUUUUUCUCAAGUAAAUCCAAGAAAGACAAGAAGGACAAGAAAACAAAAACCGAAACCGGGAACCAGGUCACUCCGUUGCCUGAACUCAUCGCUGAGCCUACAAGCGCUCGCUCGAUGUCAUUUGUUGGCACACAUGAAUACUUGGCACCUGAGAUCAUCAAAGGUGAAGGGCAUGGGAGUGCGGUUGAUUGGUGGACUUUUGGGAUCUUUCUGUACGAGCUUUUGUUUGGUAAAACGCCUUUUAAAGGGUCUGGAAACAGAGCAACGCUCUUCAACGUUGUGGGUCAGCCUCUGCGUUUCCCUGAGUCUCCAGUUGUCAGUUUUGCUGCUAGGGAUUUGAUUAGGAGUCUGCUUGUGAAGGAGCCUCAGCAUAGGUUAGCGUAUAAGCGUGGUGCGACAGAGAUUAAGCAACAUCCUUUCUUUGAAGGAGUGAAUUGGGCAUUGGUUCGAUGCGCAAGCCCUCCAGAGAUACCGAAGCAGGUUGAAUUUGAGAAUGCUCCUGCUACUCCUGCACCAGCCACAUCUACCAGUGUCAAGUCUGAUCAGAGUAGUUAUCUUGAAUUUGAUUUCUUUUGAAAUUUUUCAGUAAGAAAACUCCCAUUAGAUUUGAUUGAUUAUCAAACCGUUAUCAACAAUGUGCAACUCCGUUUCUUCAAGAAUUUUUAGUUCUUUGUCAA